UACCUUUGAACGAACUAAACAUCAGUGAAGAAAAUACAAACGGUCAACCGGGUAAUUAAUUCAGGCAGUAGCGGGUCUUUUCAACAUUUAUUUUGUCUUUUGCGCGGCUGCAAUGUCUGAUGAGGAAGAGGAUUAUAUGUCCGAUGCAAUUCUCACUAAAAUACAAGAUGUGAAACCAGGUGUCAGCAUGGUGAGGCGGGUAAAAGAAGCUAUGAAAAAGGAGACACAGCAAAAGGAGACGAACAUCAAGAACCGCCAGAAGACCUUCAAGGAGCAGGAGAAAGAAAGUAGAGAAGCAGCUUUACAAAACUCCAUUAGCAACGAGAACAAGGGAUUUGCACUUCUGCAGAAAAUGGGUUACAAAGCUGGCCAAGGCCUUGGGAAGAAAGGGGCAGGGAGGGUUGAUCCAAUUCCUCUAAAUAUCAAAACUGACAGAGGUGGCAUUGGAAUGGAGGAGGUGAAGAAAAGAAAAGCUGAGGAGGAACUUGAACAUUAUCGGCAGAAAGUACGAGCCAAACAACAGAAUGAGACAAAAUCUCUGGAAGAUUUUAGGUCAAGAGUAAGGACAGAGAGAGAGGAGCGAAAGAUUGAAGGAGAUCUCAGAAGGAGUCAGCGAGCCUGUGAGCAGCUUGACAGUCAGAAGGGCAUCACUGUCCCCAGGGAAGACUGGUACUGGCCUAAAGCAGAGACUGAUGAUGAGGAAGAUGGUCUUAAGGAGGAGGAGGAGGAGGAGGAGGAGGAGGAGGAGGAAGGGAAGGAGGAGAUUGUGGAAUUAACGUCCUUUGACAAACUGCAAAUUAUGACAUCCUAUUUGAGAGGAAUCCAUUUUUACUGCAUAUGGUGUGGGACUACUUAUAACGAUGAAGAGGACUUGUGCUCUAACUGUCCCGGGGAUACAGCAGCAGACCACGAAUGAAUUUAUAGAAUAAGUUCCCAAAAACAAGCAGACAUCACUGUUUAUGCUGUUUGUGGGUGGUGGUCUUGAAAUUUUGUUUACAUUUAGAAAUAUUGGGGGGUAUUUAGGACACCUUUUAAUAUUUAUAUUUUGAAAAGAUUUUUGAGACAUGUUUCAAGAGCAAUUGCAUACCUUCCAUACCUUUUUGAUUAAUUUUUUUCAGAAUUAUAACUUGUUAUCUAAUCUAUUGUUUUAUUUUCGCUACUUAUAUUACAAUAAAUUGCUUUUAGUUAACAAAAUGUAAAAUGUCAUACUCCCUAACUCUCUAAUCUGUAUGUUGUGCUCAGUUGUGAGUAUAUAUGGGUGAGAAAUUAUUUUUAUUAUUUCAAUAUCUUAUGGUGUUACCACUGGAUUACAUUACUGUUACCUAAAAUUGUAUUUCUUUCACUUGUGUCUCUGAAGUGCUGAAACAUGAUAUAAAGUUGGACAGUACUGUGUGUACGACUGAUUUAAUGAGACACAAAUAAGACAGAAGUGUGAUUAACAGUAAACUACUACAGCUUUUUGACAUUUUAUUUGAUUUUAGAGAACUUUAUACUGUACAAAACGUGUCCAUAUCAGGGGUACAUACACAAAGCAAAGAAAAAAUGUACAAGAAGAACAAAACGAAAUUAGGAGAGAAAAGCUAAUUCAAAAUAUUGUAUCAUAGAUCCAUAAGACAUUUAUCUUUAAGUGAAGAGGCUAAAUUAUAGAUGAAAAUAAGAAAUUAAAUAAAUGCACAAAAUUGUGAAAAGUUUAUUAAAAAAGUAAUUAUGAA